AUGUUGAUGAAAGGAAGUCUUGUAUUUCUUUGCACGAUUCUACUUUUAAGUUGUAUGGAAUUUGAAUGUCGACAAAUUCGAUGUUUCUCCUGCUCGGAUUGUGCGAAUUCAACUCUUGCUGUAAAUGACAACUUUAUUACAACAACACGAGAUACAGAUCGAUGCAUGAAAACAACAAUUCUGACGAGCAAAUCUGGUCAAAGACAACAGAUGAUUAGUCGAGGAGCGUCAUCCAAUUGUGCACAGUACACCAGUGAAUACAUAACUAUUCAAUGUUGCAGUACUGAUUUUUGUAAUGCGUAG